AAACAAACAAAGCAAACUGAAGAACCAGAGCUUCUUUCUGGGCUAAUUUUCCCAACAGUUCCCCAGAGAUUUCUUUGAGGGAGUUCAACUUCCUUGAACUCUAUAGGCUGCUGAUUACUUUUCCCAUGUCCAGCCGAAUGGUGCUUCGCUGCACCAACUCAUUUGCAUUAUCUCAACCUAAAUUUAAUGGGUGUUUCUUUCCAUUGAUAUACCACAUAAAUGUGUCAGCCUUGACGAGGCAUGUGCCUGCAACUGCUCUCUCCUUUUGUCAGCUUCAGGCAUCAAACCUUCAUGAUAGUCCAGUUACUGUUGCAAGUGAUGUUAGAUAUGGUGGUAAACAAAUUAUAAGUGUCGAUUCGCCACUUUAUGACUACAUAUUGUCAAACAUUAGAGAACCAAAGAUUUUGCAUGAACUUAGGGAGGAGACAGCAACAAUGCGAGGCAGUCAGAUGCAGGUGUCACCGGAUCAAGCACAACUACUUGCUAUGCUCGUCCAGAUUCUUGGGGCAAAAAGGUGCAUUGAAGUGGGCACGUAUACUGGGUAUUCAUCCUUGGCUGUUGCUUUGGUCCUUCCAGAAGAAGGUCAUUUAGUUGCUUGUGAAAGAGAUGGGAAAUCAAUUGAAGUUGCUAAAAGAUAUUAUGACCAAGCUGGCGUCUCACAUAAGGUGGACGUGAGACAUGGUCUGGCAGCAGAUACUUUGAAGUCUUUAAUUCAAAAUGGUGAAAGUUGCAGAUAUGAUUUUGCUUUUGUUGAUGCAGAAAAGAGAAUGUAUCAAGAGUACUUUGAGUUGCUGCUACAACUGGUGAGAGUUGGGGGUCUUAUUGUAGUGGAUAAUGUCCUAUGGCAUGGAAGAGUUGCCGAUCCACUGGUAAAUGAUUCCAAGACUCUUAGCAUCAGAAAUUUUAAUCAAAACUUGAUGGAGGAUAAACGCGUCGACAUCAGUAUGGUGCCUAUUGGUGAUGGUAUGACGAUCUGCCGUAAAAGAUAAAUCCUAAUACAAAGAGGUUGGAUGUUGAACUGCUCCAUACAGCCAUUUCAUGGUUGUUUGUAUAUUCUUUGGGGAAGCUCCACAAGCGGAGUCUUGGAGCAAUGGUAAAGUUGUAUCCGUGUGACUUAUAGGCCUUAGUUUCGAGCCAUCGAACCAGCCACUAAUGUUUGCAUUAGGGUAGGUUGUCUAUGUGUGGCCCUUUCCCGGAUCAUGCGUGAACGCGGAAUGCCUCGUGCACCAGGCUGCCCUUGGAGUAAGCUUCCGGUGUGUUAAAAAAAAUUUGUUUCACUUUUUCAUUUGUAAAGAAAGAAGCUUACUUCUCACUUGGUGUUUGUGUAUUCUCUGAUCUUUUUCCUUCAUGCUGUGUGUGUUUAAGAUCCGGAAGUAAAAUGGACUAGAUGACAACUAAUAGAGCAAGAUUUAGAUUCUUUUUUCUCAUA